CGAGAGAAAGUCUCCGACUCUCAACACUCUAUCGCUGUCUCUACAGAAGCCUUAGCGUAAAAACUCCGACCGAAAGGAACUUUCGAUUCAAUUCAAUGGCGAACAGCAAUCUUCCCCGUAGAAUCAUCAAGGAAACACAGCGCCUCCUCAGCGAACCAGCACCUGGAAUAAGUGCUUCUCCCUCGGAAGAAAACAUGCGGUAUUUUAAUGUCAUGAUUCUUGGUCCAACACAGUCUCCCUAUGAAGGAGGUGUUUUCAAGCUGGAAUUAUUUUUACCUGAAGAAUACCCAAUGGCUGCUCCUAAGGUUCGGUUCCUCACCAAAAUCUACCACCCUAACAUUGAUAAGCUUGGAAGGAUCUGUCUUGAUAUUCUUAAAGACAAAUGGAGUCCUGCUCUUCAGAUACGCACUGUGCUUUUGAGUAUUCAAGCACUUUUAAGUGCUCCAAAUCCAGAUGACCCGCUAUCUGAAAACAUUGCGAAGCAUUGGAAGACAAAUGAGGCCGAAGCUGUUGAAACAGCAAAGGAAUGGACACGCCUGUAUGCUAGCGGUGCCUGAAGUUAGUUUGUUGAAGUGGAAAUGGUGCGAUAAAUAACAAAAUGUGCAAUGUAUUAUAUCAAGUGUCUGAUUAAAUGUUGCCAAGGAUGCUUGGUUCAAAUUGGAAUAUAUAUAUUCAUCCUGGCUACAACAGGAUAAUUGUUUCCUUGCCAUGAAGAAGUUGUACAAUUAAAUGGUGCAUUCUGUUUUCAUCAUCUCUGCAAAAAAGCUAUAUAAUGUCUCACAAUUACUAUUUGGCCA